AUGCAACACCCACCGGCUUAUGCUCCAACAACUGCCUCAGCCCCAGUUCCGGCGCCAUCGCCACAGCCGCCGACGGUGGCUUCGAAUCCUCAGAUCAGAAGCCUAUGUGAACAAACUUUUGAACCCGAUCUUUGCUUAGCCUCCAUUGCGCAAUUCUUCAAUGGUCAAACCGACCUACAAUCCCUGACCGUGAUGCUGAUAAAAACCAUGGCCGAGCGAACCAAAGGGGCGAUUACCGCCGCAACAGAGAAGGCCGCCGACCCUAAAUACUCCCAUGAUCCGAUGAUAGUGUCGGGACUCGAAGCCUGCCGUGAACUGUACGGCGACGCUUUGAAAGCUUUGAAACAAGCCAUGGAUAAUAUUCCGAUUCACGAAAUCGACACCGCCGAAGAAUUUGUUAUUAAUGCCGAGGAUGAUUACGAUAAAUGUGACUCUGGUUUUACGACGCAGCCGGACGGAGUGUCUCCGAUGGCGGAGAUUAAUGAAGAACUUGGAGAUCUUGGUGACAUUGUCCUUGACUUCGCUUAUAUGAUUUAUUGA